CGCACGAGUGAACGAGCACAGUCUGACGAACGUCGAGUGUUGGACAACAUGAAAUUAUUAACUGCAAUUUUCUCGCUAAUCUGCGUUUCAUGUGCAAUCGCGUGCCCCGAAUUUUCGGAAUAUGUCUGCGGAACGAAAUGUCCGAAAUCGUGUGAUAAUUUGCAUAUAAUGAUAAAAUGCAUCAGUGGAUGCGAUUAUGGAUGUUUUUGCAAGGAAGGUUAUGUUUUUGACAAAAAUGGAUCCGAUAAAUGCGUGCCCACAGAAUCCUGCUAUUCGUAUUGUGACCGCGAGAAGCACGAAACUUACUACGAUACGGUCUUAUGCGAAUGUUCCGAUCCCAAAGACUUUAAAACCUGUGCCAAGUGCGUUCCCGGUUGUUUUUGUAUCCAUGGUUACAAACGUAACGACCAAGGUGUUUGUGUACAAGAAGAAUAAGUUGCCAUAACGAUGUAACCGGUUUUUUGCUUACAAUUAAUUGUUAAUAAAUGAUUUUGUAUAUAAACAAAAUGGUAAUUA